AUGCUUCCUGCAACACUGAAGCUGUGCUGUGGGAUCUCUCAUCAGCAUCUUCGCAAACUGACCGGUUUACAAAAGACAGCAGUUGGUGCCUUUGGAAGAGAAAUAUCAAGGUUUAUUUUGGAUAAGACUAACAGCUAUUUCCCAAAUAUCUUGCACCCCGUCCACAGAUCUCGUCAUAGAGAUUUAGGUGAGUGUUCUAAACAAUGCUUAUCUUAUUUUGCAAUAUUGCUUUCUAGCAGAGAUCUCUGUUAUUUGAAUCAAGCAGAAGACACACUUCGCAAGGCUAUAGUAAUGCUUCACCAACAGGAAGGCUGGCAGACUGAACUGCACCUGGAAAGUGGAGAAUGGAUUCUAAGCAAGACUUUCCCGAAGAUUGGCAAAGUGUUCCGUGCUGAGGCAGUUAUAGACUCACCACCUGAUUACAUCUAUACUCACCUCUUUGAAAAGCUAGAGGACAUGUAUAAAUGGAAUCCAAGCAUCAGUAAAGUGCAGGUCCUUCAAAAAAUUGAGAACAACACAAUUCUGACACGAGAAGUGACAUCAGAGAUGGCAGUAAAUGUGAUCAGUCAAAGGGAUUUUGUAAGCGUACGACAUUGCUGCAAAAAGGGGUCGUCUUUCUAUCUUGUUGGAACGGCAACUCAUUCCGAGUUAAUGCCCCCACAAAAAGGAAUAAUAAGGGCAGAAGCUGGGCUCACCUGCAUUGUACUUCAACCCCUUGAUGGGGAGAGUAAAAGAACACAUUUGACUUGGCUUCUCAGUUUAGAUCUCAAAGGCUGGAUCCCCAAACCAGUGACUGACCGUACCCUGUCACAGUCUCAAGCUGAUUUUAUCACAUGUCUACGGAAUCACCUUGCUAUCUCAGCAGAAACAUACUAG